GAAUCGAGUGCAGAAAAUACCUUUCUUUCCAGUCUAAAGAUCAUAUUGAUUGGAUACCCGGGCCCUUUCUCAUUAUCCUCUAUCUUCCAAGCCCGCUGCCGCGACAGUUAAAUGAGUCCUUUGCCUUUAAGGGGGAGGUGAAUGGCAGGGAGCGUGAAUGUUGGACACAAAACACCAGAAAGUAAUCGGGAGAAAGCGGGGUGAGGUUGUGUGAGCGUUGGGGAGAACUACCGCGACGCUGAUAGCAACUAUAGGCGCUCAUGUAACUCUGUCCUCGUCUUCUCUGUAGACCGAAGAGAACUCGACACAACGCACCCUCUUGUGCUUUGCAUGCGGUGAGCGAUCAAGCGCGAGGGCUCGGAAAAACAGCGGUGGAGACGGAAGUUUGGAAAUCCCGGGCGCCUCAGGAGUGAAUGGUGGAGCCCAGUCCCCCAGCGCUGCAUCUCCAUGCCAGCGGUGAUGUCAGCAUGGUGGGCGUCAGUGUGAAGUUGGAGGAGUCUGGAGGAGAAGGGGGAGGAGCCCACACCAGGGCAGAGCAGCUCUCCUCUCCUGCCUGUGAUUGGUCAGGACAUCAGCCAAUGGAACGACCGGAGUCUAGACAGCUGACUCCUCCCCUCUCCCGCUCACCCUCAGAGGGCUCUCCUGGUAAGGAACAGCUUCUCAGACAGAGUCCUGUUGGGAUGAAGGGGGGCAGCAGGGGGUACAACCAUCGACCAGAGGGACACAUGCACCCCACUGUCAGCGAAGUCAUGCCCACCAUAGAGAAGCUUCUGAGUGUGGACUGGAGGGAGAAAUUUCUGGACAAAAGCCCCCUGGGAGGCAACCACCUGAAAGGCACUCCAGAGUCUCUGGCAGAGAAGGAGCUGCAGUUGUUAUUGAUGAUCAACCAGCUGGGUGGUCUGAGGGAGCAGCUGCUGGGAGCCCACUCUGAGCAGAGGAACAUGGCUGCCUUGCUGCUGGAGAAACAACAGCAGCAGAUGGAGCUGGCCAGACAGCAGCAGGAACAGAUUGCCAAACAGCAGCAGCAGUUGAUCCAGCAGCAGCACAAAAUCAACCUGCUUCAGCAACAGAUCCAGCAGGUUAACAUGCCCUACGUGAUGAUCCCAGCCUUCCACCCCAACACCCAGCAACUCCCUGUCACUGCCGACAACCAGAUGACCAUGCCUCUGCAGCCAAUCCCCUGCAAGCCAGUGGACUAUCCCAUGCAGCUGCUGCAGAACUCUCACUCCACCCCUGUGAAAAGGCCCAGUGGUACCUUCCGUCAGGAAGCCAGCCAGCCUCUGAAUCUGACCUCCAAGCCCAAGGGGAUGGACAUGGGGAAGAGCCCCAGCCCACAGAUCUUUGAGCUGGGCUCGCUGACUCUUCAGGGUGGGUACAGACCCAGGGACAACCAUAGAGACAGCCCUUCACGGCCUGCACUUAACCUAGGUUUCCUGGGAGAGGGGGAUGUGGUGACCCAGGCCAUCCACGAUGCCCAGCAGCUGCUGUGGAGUCAUGGGCCGGGCGGAAGAGAGAGGGAGCGAGAGAGAGACUGCACUGCCAGGAUGGCGCAUAAGGAGUCUGGUCGCAGCGACAGGCUGCCACACCAAGACCGGGGAGAGAACAGACAAACCCGCCAAACCAACGAGGACCACCACAGCAGUGACUCUGAGGGCCCCCUGUCUGCUCCUGGUGUGGGGUUGUUUGCAGAGGUUCGCAGUCCCCCCUCCUCCGUCCACAUCAAGAGGCCCAUGAACGCCUUCAUGGUCUGGGCCAAAGACGAGAGGCGACGUAUACUACAGGCCUUCCCUGACAUGCACAACUCCUCCAUCAGCAAGAUACUGGGAACUAGAUGGAAGUCUAUGUCUAACCAGGAGAAGCAGCCCUACUAUGAGGAGCAGGCCAGGCUGAGCCGACAGCACCUGGAGCGUUACCCCGACUACAAAUACAAGCCCCGCCCCAAACGCACCUGCAUCGUGGAGGGGCGGAGACUCAGGGUGGGCGAGUACAAAGCCAUGAUGAAGAGCAGGAGACAGGAGCAGAGAGGGGCAUACACACACAGUCAAUCAGAGCCACAGAAGCUGCACUACGCCCCAGGCGAGGGCCAAUACCCAGGCGGCGGUGGAACGGUCUCCAUGCCGACGGUGCCAUUCCACCCCGCGCUAUUGGAGCACUACCUGCCACGAGGGUUGGAGGCUCCGCCUCCUCGCAGAAUUGACGGGCAGAUCACACCCACUCCCCUCCACAGAGAGAGGGAGAGACCACCGUACAGCGAGGGGGAGGAGAGUGACAGAGGAGAGAGGAGUGAGGGAGAGCUAGUUCUCCUCACUGACUGACUGAGUGGGAGGGAGAGAGAGAGGGAGAGAUUUUAAUAGGGAUAAAGGAGUAAGGGAGAGCUAGUUCUCCUCACUGACUGAGUGGGAGGGAGAGAGGAAGGGAGAGUUUUUAAUAGGGAUAAAGGAGUAAGGGAGAGCUAGUUCUCCUCACUGACUGACUGAGUGGAAGGGAGGGAGAGAGAGAGGGAGAGAGUUUUUAAUAGGGAUAAAGGAGUAAGGGAGAGCUAGUUCUCCUCACUGACUGACUGAGUGGAAGGGAGAGAGAGAGGGAGAGUUUAAUAGGGAUAAAGGAGUAAGGGAGAGCUAGUUCUCCUCACUGACUGAUUGAGUGGGAGGGAGAGAGAGAGGGAGAGAGAGAGUUUUUAAUAGGGAUAAAGGAGUAAGGGAGAGCUAGUUCUCCUCACUGACUGAGUGGGAGGGAGAGAGGAAGGGAGAGUUUUUAAUAGGGAUAAAGGAGUAAGGGAGAGCUAGUUCUCCUCACUGACUGACUGAGUGGAAGGGAGGGAGAGAGAGAGGGAGAGAGUUUUUAAUAGGGAUAAAGGAGUAAGGGAGAGCUAGUUCUCCUCACUGACUGAUUGAGUGGGAGGGAGAGAGAGAGGGAGAGAGAGAGUUUUUAAUAGGGAUAAAGGAGUAAGGGAGAGCUAGUUCUCCUCACUCACUGACUGACUGAGUGGGAGGGAGAGAGAGAGGGAGAGUUUUUAAUAGGGAUAAAGGAGUAAGGGAGAGCUAGUUCUCCUCACUGACUGAGUGGGAGGGAGAGAGGAAGGGAGAGUUUUUAAUAGGGAUAAAGGAGUAAGGGAGAGCUAGUUCUCCUCACUGACUGAGUGGGAGGGAGAGAGGAAGGGAGAGUUUUUAAUAGGGAUAAAGGAGUAAGGGAGAGCUAGUUCUCAUUGACUGACUGAGAGGGAGGGAGGGACAGAGAGAAAGGAGUGUGUGUGUGUAGACAACUGAAUGAAAAGGUGUGUGUGUGUGUGAUGAAGGGGAUCUUGGUCCACAUCAAGUGUGUCAGAGUUCAACGGUUAUAUCUUAGCCAUGUGAUAUGACCAUGUCAGCAGAGCCCAUGACAUGUUAGGGUUAGUAGGAGACAGUUGUUUGUUACGACGUUAAAGGUGUCUGACAGCUGAAUCUAAAAUAUCAUUGGUCAUGAAUCAUAGAUUGGUCUGUCCAUGUUGCUCGUAAUAAAGGUACAUUCACAAUGUGGAAUGAGUUGAGGUACACUGGAUUAGACUACUGUCACCAAUGAUGUUUCCCCUAAACACACAUCUAUUAUUUCUAGACCAUAUCCUUAAAAAUAUUAGGGCCAGGGUAUGAAACAUCUGAUCUCUCCCUAACGACAUGUAAUCUGAUCUGAUUUGGAUUCUGACGGAGAGUGCUGCCCUCUGCUGUUUGGGAUGGGCACAGCACCAUGAAAUAUCCCGAUCGCUAGAAAGUAAGAUUUUUUAAAACAUUUUUUAUUACCAAUAUUUACAGAUGACCUAGUCUGUGGUGAUAGAGGUUGAAUAACCCCCAUUAAUAGCAUAGGUAAUGAGAUGCACUCUGUCAGAAUGCACUUUCACUGAACCCUCAUCUCCUUUCCAAACAGACUCAGGCUGCACCAAAGUAGUCUAAAGUAUAAACUUGUCUCCUUAUAUCCUCUCCUUCAUAUGCACUGACAACAAAACAGGACAAGGCAUUAUGGGGGAUUCCUUGUGCGAGAGUUUUUCACUUGUCAAGUUCUUUCACAUCGGUGCAGGUGGAGUAAAGGAAGCCACUUUAGACUAUCAGCGUGCACCCAGUGUUUCAGUUUUUGCACUUGCGAUAGUAGUUGAUCAGCAGUGACAUCUAGUGUAAUGAGGAGGAAUGUCUAAGGAAUCUCCCUCCAAGCCCUUAUUCUAGAUUGAUCUCAUCCUUCUCUGUUCUCUAGUUGUGUACAAGCUGUAUGUGAUGUGUGCAUAAUGUCUUUCAAUCAAUUUAUUUUGAACGCGGGUUUACAAUGUACUUGUCACAGAAUGUUAUACAAAUGUUCUGUAAAAUGUGUGUUUCUUUGAGUGUGCGUGUGGGUAUUGAACGCAAAGGUUGGCCUGAACCCUUUGUCUGUGUAUUCUGACACCCUGGCCUCUUGUCUUGACCCCACUGUUGCUCUGUCCAUGUACUGCAGUUUGUCUUUGAGCACAGCUGUUGCUCUGUCCAUGUACUGCAGUUUGUCUUGACCCCAGCUGUUGCUCUGUCCAUGUACUGCAGUUUGCCUUGACACAACAGUGCUCCAUCUCAAUAGUCUUAAUGUCGCUUUGUCUCCAUCUGCGCUGACCUGAAAGAACUGGACAGGUGAAAUGAAGGUUUUCAAAUCAGUGUAGAUGGAGGAGAAAAACAGAAUAGGAAUCCAUUUGACUGUUGGGAUACAGCCUUCAUCACAAUGUACUGGACAGAAGAGUUCAGAUUUGUGGUGUAAUCGUAUUGUUAACUGAGGCAGGCCUGUGGUUAGUUGCUGUUACACUGUUGUAAAGCAUUUGGUGAGCCUUGCUUGGUGAGCAGGAUGAAGUGGCCACUGAUCUAUGGUCAGUUUUACAUCUUUGCCUAUAAUGUUGUCCUUAACUUCAACCCAGAGCCAAGGGGAUGGCACUGUAUAGAGACUGUAUCAGAGAAACAUGUUUAUCUAAUUAUGACAGAAACCCAGAAGAGAACUGUCACCUGUUGUCACCCCUGCUGUUGUAAAUAUAGAUAGAUUUUAUUUUGUUUAUAAGAGCCUGUGUAAUUUAAAGGUGUACCUUUUCUGUAUGUUUUCUAAGUUGUGGUUUUGUUUUUUGGAAAAUAAUAAAUUUGGUUGUUUAUCUUU